CCACCUAGACUUAACCUAUUUAGAAAGUUAUCAUCCAUGGCAGUCGCGGAUAUUGUUGUAAAACAAGAAUCUAUAGAAGCUGUUGAUCUUGAAAGUAAGAUCCUUGCAUUAUGCCAAGAGAAUGCAAAGGGAAUCACAGACGUUGUUAUACAACAAAGUAUGCCAAAUGUACCAGCCCAACAACGGGUCAUGGCAAUAAAUCGACUUUUGUCGACGGGUCGCUUAGAGUUACUUAAAAGUGGAUCAACAUUACUCUAUCGAUACAAGGAUGCUGAAACAGUUUCGUUAGUAAAGUUGUCCAUUGUCAUUUAUGUUGUAAAGGUUAGUGUAUGCAGUUGUUGUUAUUUCAGGAAAGUUAAAGGUUUUGAUUUGGAAGAAAAAUUAGUGUAUCAAAUAAUAGAAGAAGCUGCAAAUAAAGGAAUUUGGAUUCGUGAUAUACGUUAUAAAAGUAAUCUUCAACUUGCACAAGUGAACAAGAUCUUGAAAACACUGGAAAGCAAGAAAUUAAUCAAGGCUAUCAAAUCUGUUGCGGCAUCAAAAAAGAAGGUGUAUAUGCUCUUUAAUCUUGAACCUGACCAGUCAAUCACAGGAGGCUCGUGGUAUAGCAAUCAGGAAUUUGAAUCAGAAUUUGUUGAUGUAUUGAAUCAACAAUGCUUUAAGUUUUUGCAACAAAAGGCAGCAGAACAAAAGAAAUCUUCAAAUGAUCCUUUGGUACAUAAAAAUGCCUCAUAUGGUUCAUCUGAAGAGAUUUCAAAUUACAUAACUAACCUUGGUAUAAGUAAGGUUCAGUUGUCGGUCACUGAUAUUGAAACAAUUCUAGACACACUGGUAUUUGAUGGAAAGUUAGAGAUGACAACUGUCAAUGAUAAGUCUUCAGGAAAAUUAGGGGAUUAUGUUGAGAAAAAGAUGUAUAGAGCUGUGAAACCUAUCAUAUCUUCUACAGGAUUUGUUCGUGUCCCAUGUGGUGUUUGUCCAGUCAUUGAUAAAUGCAAUGAAAAAUCAGCUAUUUCACCCAGAACAUGUAUAUACAUGAAAGAAUGGCUUAAAUAACAUCAACGCAGAUGGAGGGAGGGGAUAUUUUAUUUACAUUGGGCCACUAACUUUUUACAGUUGUUGCAAGAUUAAGGUUGUGCUAAGCCACAGAAUACAAUGAAAUGUGUACAUUAAAAAAUACUUAUUUACUAAUAUAUACAUUGAUAUGACUGUACAUUAAUCAUACAUUUAUUUAUUUUUAAGUAAAUUAUGCUUUUGAUUUCACACAAAAUCCUUAACAUGUGUUUCACAAUCUUUAAGUAACCAAUCAGGUAUAGAUGUUUGAAUAAUAUUUUAGCAAACAAAGAACUUACAAUAAACUUACUGUUGUUUCUUCACUUCAUGAAAAA